AUGGGAAAUAUGCCACUUACACAAUCUAAAGCAGCACCAAGGCUUUACUCAUAUGCUCCUGAUAAAAUGCCGGAUACGCCCGGCUUCUACACUAUCGCUGUGAAAAUUCAAUCUCAGCGUACUUGUAAAACGCCCAGUGAGUUCACAGUCGAAGACCUAAAACUAGGAGCACUCGAAAAGGACGACGUCGUCAGCGGCGCUAAUCUCGCUAGUGUUGCUCUGUUCUCAAAGCAUGGAAAAGUCAUUACGGCAGACCAUACGAAACGACUGUACAUUUCCUUCUCUGUGAAAAGUAAAGUGUCAGGAAAUCUCGUCCAACCUCAUCAGAAUCUGGCCAAAGCUCACAAAGAUUUCGAGGGUGUGUCUGGAAAAUAUACUGCAUACCUCAUCGUUGCCACCAUAAAAACUCCGCUAAACUGGGCCUUCGCAGACUUCAUGCUCACUCUCCCAUCCGCACAUCCCGAGGUUGUGCCGAAAUCACAGCGUAUUACCUAUGAUGUGUUACCGGAAAUUAAGCACGUAUUCCGUCAGCCUGAAAAGCGACCGCCAACCAUUGUCUCAGAUGCUUUAACUCUGAUCUGUUUGGCUCCAUUGUUGCUGCUGUUUGUACUGUGGUUCCGUAUUGGGCUCAAUUUUGGCAAUAUGCCGGUCAGUUUGUGGACGCUGAUCUUCCACGGAAGUUUGGCUGCCCUGUUCGCCUUGUACUUCGUGUUCUGGCUUCAGCUCAACAUGUUGAGACAAUGA